UUUAUAAUUUUUAUACAUAUUAUUAAAAAAUUUUGUAUUUCAACGACAUCUCCACCGCGCGUUAUAGAUUUUAAACAACAAUUGAUUGAAGCUAUCCAUUCAAUUGAAAGCCUUGCUAGUUGUUCUGAUAGCUUACUCAAGAUGCAAGAUCGAGACACCAACUCAACACUAACAACUUCGGAAGCAACACUGCGUUUCUUGCAAGAUCCAGAGCGAUUAAGGCAAAUUGUACAAAAGCAACGCAAAUUGGCUAGAAAAAAGCAAGGGCGAAAGCGCCGCGACGAAAAUGCAGAACAACGAAGAGUUCAGCUUGAGCUACGUCGAGAGAAAUUACAUGCUGAUAUUGAUCGCUGGCAACGAGAAACCCGUCAGCAGGAGCAGCAAAGACAGCAGCAAUCGCGACAACAAGAGUCUCGUCUCAUAUCACCGCAAAAGUCAAAAAUACGAAAGUUAAGCAAGCUGGUGGAAAAUUUAACGCAGCUCCGCAACAUUCGACGUAAACGACUCCAAGUAAAAGGGCACUUCUUCCCAGAGGACGGAAACAAGUUUUUUGAAAGAAUCAAGAUUCUUAACGACGAACAAAGUAGCCAAGAACUACCAGAGGAAGAAGACAGGCCUGAAGAGAAAGCGCUGUAUGUCCAUCCCGACGAUUCCUGGACCAAAAGCGAUUUGGACUCGAGGGUUUACAAGUACUGGGGUCAAGCUUACCAAACUACAAAUGACCUAAGGCGGAUACGAAACCAAUGGGACUAUUUCCUCUAUGAAGGGUCGAGCAGCUCAAUAGAGAGCAAAGUGCCACCUACUUGGGUUCCACCAGCACCUCCUUCAAACUGGAUAUGGGCCACCUAUCUUGUAGACCAAUCACAGUAAACU